UGCAUAGCUGUCAGAUUCGUCACAAAAAAAACAAAAACAGUUUUAAUCAAAAUAAAAAAAAGUAUUUUACGUGCGCUGAUAUGCAAAAAUAAAGAAAUUCGUGAGUUGCUUUGGAUAUUUAAUUGUAGAAUCUAUCGUUUAACCGCACAGUGCGUGGCAAUAAAGUGAAUUCGACUCCAUAAUGGGCAACCAGCUGGUUGGUGUGGCCCCGUCGCAAAUAUUCCCCGUCGAGCACUAUCUGACUGGUUCUUUCGAAUCCGAUCUGCAGUAUGAAUCAGGAAUGGGUAGCACCAGAUUCCUGAAAGUGGCCCGCGCCAAGAGUGACGAAGGACUGGUUGUGGUGAAAGUGUUCGUCAAACAUGACCCGUCGCUGCCGCUGGAGCAGCACGUCGACAAGAUAGAAUACAUCAAGAAGAAUUUGGCAAACGCUGUGAAUUGCCUUCCGUUUCAACGAGUAUUGACAACCGAACGAGCCUGUCUGAUAAUUCGGGAGUACGUCAAACACAGCCUCUACGAUCGAGUUUCUACACGUCCAUUCCUAACGCUGAUCGAGAAGAAAUGGAUCACUUUCCAAAUUCUCUGCGCAAUGCAUCAGUGUCACAAGCAGAAAAUCUACCACGGAGACAUCAAGUUGGAAAACAUAAUGAUCACAUCUUGGAACUGGAUUCUCUUGUCAGAUUUUGCUUCAUUCAAACCGACGUACUUGCCGGAGGAUAAUCCGGCCGAUUACAGUUUUUUCUUCGACACUAGCCGCCGAAGAACCUGUUACAUUGCUCCGGAGAGGUUUGUCAAGACCGCUAGUGGGGAAUCGAAACCGGAUGGUCCGUUGGUUGGCGAUGGUCCUUGCUAUACUGGAAAUCUUCAGCCUGAAAUGGACAUCUUCUCAGCCGGGUGUGCCCUACUUGAACUAUGGACCGAGGGCACGGCUCCGUUUGAAUUCUCCCAACUACUGGCGUAUCGUCGUGGUGAAGUGGAAAUGGUCAACAAGCACCUAGAAUGUAUAGAAAAUGAUGGGCUUAAAAGCUUGCUACAGUCCAUGUUGAGUUUGAACCCGAAGGACCGAAAAUCGGCUGAGAUCUACUUGGAUCAGGAGAGGGGAAAACUGUUCCCGGAGUAUUUCUACUCGUUUUUGCAAUCGUAUCUGCAAAUGUUUUCAACAAUUCCGAUCGUUCCAGCGGAUGAGAAGAUAACCCGACUUUACUCAGACAUUGAACAAAUUAUCAAAAUCGUCACUGGUCGGGAUGUGCAUGAUGUGGUUAGUGUGGUUGAUUCAGGAAAGGAGGAUUCGGAAAGUCUCACCACGCAAUCGGAUAAUGACGGUUUGAUCUUGAUUACAGCGGUGGUUACUUCCUGCAUUAGAGGUCUAAAGUUUUGUGAAUCCAAACUUGCCACUCUGGAAAUCCUUCAGAAGCUUGCCGAGAACACAACGUCGGAAACCAUCCUGGAUCGCAUUCUGCCAUACAUUUUGCAUCUUUCCCAGGACAACACGCCGCGCGUUCGAGUUAGCUCCCUGGAUACUCUGACGGUAUGCCUCGGCCUAGUGCGAAAUCUCUCGCGAAGCGAUGCAAACGUAUUUCCUGAUUACAUCCUACCAGCAAUCGCGCCGCUCGCCACCGACAGUUCCACUAUGGUGCGUGUGGCGUACGCCAAAAACAUCGCCUCCCUCGCAGAGACCGCCGUCGGAUUUCUCGAGCAAUCUCAGUUCAGCUGCAGUUCCGAGAACCAUCCGGCACCACACUACGAAACGGAGCUCAGUGCCCUGCACGAAAUGCUGCACCAAUCGGUGCUGUCGCUCCUCACAGACCAGCAGCCCAUUGUGAAGCAAAUGCUGAUGGAAUCGGGUAUUACAAAGCUGUGCGUCUUCUUCGGUCGUCAGAAAGCUAACGACGUCAUCCUUUCUCACAUGAUAACAUUCCUGAACGAUAAGGAGGACAAAAGUCUACGGGGAUCAUUCUUUGACUGCAUCAUUGGGGUGGCUGCCUUCGUUGGUUGGCAUUGCUCUCCGAUGCUGAUUCCUCUACUGCAACAAGGCCUGACGGAUCCGGAGGAGUUUGUCAUUGCUAAAGCUAUUCGAGCGACCACUUCAUUGAUCGAACUUGGUCUGAUUCAGAAGUCUGGAAUCAUCGAGUGUAUAGCCGAGUGCGCUUGUUAUCUUAAUCAUCCUAAUCUCUGGAUACGGCACGAAAUUGUCGGACUAAUAUCGACUUCGGCCAGAGUUCUGAACGCGUUGGAUGUUCAGUGCAAAAUUAUGCCGUCCAUAGCGAAUCAUUUGAGGGGCCCCCUCAUACAGGUGGAAAAGCCGGAACUGCUGAUGGAUAGUUUGCUAUCGCCGAUUCCCAGAAGCAUCUACGAUGCUGUGAUCAAAUGUCCCAACAUCAACCAGUUGAUUGAGGUGCUUCGCGAACGACGGGUAGCCCGAAGCCGAUGUGGUGAGGGAUUCAUUCCGCAGUACGGGGAAAUGAACACUCAGAUGAAGAAUCUCUUCCGGCGCCUUUCGACGGAAGGCCUCACCGAUCUAAUUGAGGCCCAACUUCUUUCGAUGAGCGCCCACCUUAUCAAGCUUCACCGCUACAAACUGGCAGACACCCGUCUCCCACACAGCAAUGGACGAAUAACGCUCGAUGCCAAACCGGACUUGGUGCGGGAGGUCCAGCUCUGCGAUCGCGCUAAAAUCGACCACACCACCAAAAACAAACAGCGCAAAAGUGAUUCAGAUGUUACGCAGGAAUGGCAGCACAUGUUCACGGCCAUUGAUUCACAUUCCCCUUCGCCAACAUCACCGUCAAACGAUUCGGUCACAUCGGUGUUGACGGUGGCAAAUUUGGCACCACCUCCUCAGCCUACGCCCACCUCCAGCCUGGUCGAGUAUAGUAUGCCGGAGCGAACGGCCAUGCAAGAGCGAUCAGCCGAAUGUCGCCUAGAAUUUGAAAGCCUUGUCAGUAAGUUGAAAGGACGAUAUUCUUCGUACGCAUUGAAUAGAGAGCUACGCGACCCAUCUGCGAAUGCCAUGCCGCUACCCUCGGGGUGGAAGAUGAAUGGAACAAUAGCAGCUCACUUGCAUGAACACAAGGCCGCUGUCAGCAGGAUGACUACGUUGAAGCCGUAUGGUUCGUUGUUUGCCACUGCUUCGAUUGAUUCUACGGUACGACUUUGGGACUGCAACAAACUUGAUGGGCAGCAAUCGAUCAACCGAUCCCGGCAAUCCUAUCACGCAAAUACUCCACUCCAUGCCAUUGCUGCAUGCGAUGCCGGCCAAUCGUUGGCCAUUGCCGGUAAGGAUGGUGCAUUGCUGCUAUUGAAGAUCGACACGAACUCCAGCAAGAUGGCUCUGCAACAGGCGCGACAUUUAGAUUCUAGCACUCGGGUCGAUCGCAUCGGUGGAGAACCGCAGGACGAUGGCCCUGUUGUUGAGAUGCAGCCUUUGGAUCAGGGUGCCCAGAGUGUGAUAGUUUAUGCCACGUUAUAUGGCGCGUUGGUGGGAUGGGAUAUCCGCAUGCCCGGCUUUGCGUGGCGUCUGGAAAGCGAUCUGCGGAAAGGUGUUAUAACCACCUUCUGCGUUGAUCCGACCAGUUCUUGGCUCACGGUUGGCACUAGCAGUGGUCGGCACAUAUGCUGGGACUUGAGAUUUAGACUUCCGAUAGCUGAGAUCAAACAUCCGUACGAUUCAAGGAUUCGAAGGGUGUCACAUCAUCCUACGGAACCCUCUUGGCUGGUGUCGGCUUCACAGGGCAACAAUGAAGUCUACGUGUGGAAUAUUGAGACAGGGCAUCGACAGCAGGCUUUCUGGGCUAGCCCGAGCCCACCGCUCUCGAAUGCAAAUGUAUCGUCACAUUCCGUGUGUGCUCUUCUGCCCGGUGUAGCAGAUGGCAACGGGUUCCUGCUUACUGGAGGAACUGAUCAACGGAUUCGCUACUGGGAUCCAGUGAACGUAGACAACUGUUCUCUCGUUGUUCCCGCCCCAAGAGAUUAUCUUUCUACGUCGAAUAUUUCUUACGAAUCCCGUUUGAUCGACGGAACGCGUGUGAUUUCUGAGAUUCACUACAGCAGUGGGGCGGGAUCUGGAGGAGGGCAGGAUCGCAGUACCCGAGCAGGCUCGGAAGACGCACCACGAUCGGGGCCGGAAAUGCCUGCCCCUGGGCAUCACGACGUGAUCAGCGACAUGCUUAUGUGUCGAACGUCUAAACAGACGUUUGUGGUGUCCAGCAGUCGCGAUGGGGUAGUCAAGCUGUGGAAGUAAGUGAUAUCUAUGAUAUUUAUCAAACUCUAAACGAUGAAGCAUAA